AUGGCCCAAGACCAAUCCGCCGUGAGCGGCCAGGUAUCCGAUCUCCGCGCACGCCGGCACCAAGCAGACAGCCUUGAAGAGGGAGACGCGAUCGUCGACCCACAUGAAGAGCUCUCCGCCCUGCAUGGGGACAUUACCGACCUGACGGUCGAACUUUCGGAGCUGCGCGCCCAGCGAACGUCGCUGGAGGCUCGCGCGAGCACCCUUCGCCAAGAGCUCGAGACACAACUUGCCGAGGAAACUGAACUCCGCCGACAGCUUCACGAGGCCAAAGGCCGCAAUCAGGCUUCCUCCAGCAAAGACUGCCCAGCAUUUCUACCGCUCGCAGGUGAGCUGCCGCCACUCCGCAGGAGCGUAAUCUACGAAGCUGGCGAUGACGAAGAAGAGUUUGACAUCGAGUUUUCCUACGAAUGUGGCCUGGAGCUCUGCAACAGGAAGUCCGUGCCCAGUCCGGGCACCCAGAAAGAGAUCCUAAAGGCCCUGAGCGAAAGAUCCUCGAACAAGGAGUAG